GAGCCGAGGAGGCGCCUUGCCUGCCUGCAGGAGGAGAACUUCUCCGGCCGGACGCCAGGCUGACUUCUUACAUCACGGCGCGGGGAGUGUGCCUGUGUGGAGCCGCUCAAAUAAAGGCAGGUAGCCGGGCGAGCGGGGAGGGGGGAGGAGACAAGAGAGAGAGAGAGGGCGGGAGAAAGAGGAGGAGGCAGUGAGCGAAGGCAGGCAGGGCGCGCACAUGGAGCGAGGAGGAGACGCGCUGCAAGGUUGCAAGGACCGGCUGGGAAGGAGCUCGCGCGCUGGGGUGCUAUAAAAGCGACCUCCCAAGGGCUCGGGGGAAAACUUGGAGCGAGGGAUGCCCCAGGCGUGGAGCUGAGCAGAGCACGAGAAAGAAGCAGCAACGCUUUCCCAGUCAAUGCCAAACAGAGCGGAAGGAGCAGGACUUUGCUCGUGAGAGAGAGAGAGAGAGAGGAGAGGGUUCCCUUCCCAUCCUCCCAUCUCUUUUCUCCUUCUGGAGUCGUCGGUUUCCAUAGCGAUGGAGCUGCAAGCGCAGGAAAUUUAAAGGCGAGGGGAUCUUGGAGCGGAGCAGACUCGCUGGUGCCGGCGGACGGAGGCUCGUUGCAGGACCUUGGAGGGAGCCCCGAGGAGGAGGAGAGAGGGCUUGCCCCCGGCUUGGGACGAAGAGGGCGAGAGCGCGCCUUUCCUGGGAUGCUGGGGGCCUUGGGCAUGCCCUUGGCGGCCUCCUCCGGGUGAAGGCGCCCCGCCGUGCCCACCUUCUCCUCUUCUAUCCCGCUUUCUGCUGUCCAGGAUGGAGGCGGCCCCUCCUCCGCCGUGGCUGGUGGCCCUGUACGCGCUGGUGGCGCUGGUGGCGCUGCGGGCGGAGCGAGGCCACUGCCAGCACUACCUGCACAUCCGCCCCGCGCCCAGCGACAACCUGCCCUUGGUGGACCUCAUCGAGCACCCGGACCCGCUCUUCGACCCCAAGGAGAAGGACCUCAACGACACCCUGCUCCGGGGCCUCCUGGGCAGCCACUUCGACCCGGCUUUCAUGGCGGCCUCGCUGCCCCCCGAGGAGCGCCACCACCACGGAGGAGGGAGCGAGGACUUGGCCGAGAUGGACCUCCUCCUCCGGCAGCGCCCCUCGGGAGCCAUGCCCGGGGAGAUCAAGGGCCUGGACUUCUACGACUCCGCCGCCGCCGGAGGAGCGGGAGGGGGAGGGGGCGCCCAGGCCUCGGGCAAGAAGCACCACCGGCUGAGCAAGAAGCUGCGGAGGAAGCUGCAGCUCUGGCUCUGGUCGCAGACCUUCUGCCCGGUCCUCUACACCUGGAACGACCUGGGCAGCCGCUUCUGGCCGCGCUACGUCAAGGUGGGCAGCUGCUUCAGCAAGCGCUCCUGCUCCGUGCCCGAGGGCAUGCUCUGCAAGCCCGCCAAGUCCGCCCACCUCACCAUCCUCAGGUGGCGCUGCCAGCGGAGGGGCGGACAGCGCUGCGCCUGGAUCCCCAUCCAGUACCCCAUCAUCUCCGAGUGCAAGUGCUCCUGCUAGGAGGGGGCAACGGGGGAGGGCACCCCCCUCCCCUCCCCACCUCGCACACCCACCCACAGGCCCCGGAGACCAUUCAGGGACUCCCCUGCGCUUCGGAGAGAGAGAGGGACACCUUGGCUUGGGAAAGAAGGCUCCACUGGGAUUGGAGGCAGGUGGGCAAGGCUCCUAGUUCAGCUGCACCUACACUGGCCAUGGGUCUAGACUACACAAUUUGAACUGCAUUAUGUGGUGGUGAGGAUCAGGCAUGGGUAAACUUUGGCCCUCCCGCUGGAUGUUUUGGACUCCCACUCCCACCAUUCCUUACCACCUCAGGCCCAUUCCUUUCCCCCCUCAACUGCUCCAGGUGUUUUGGACUCCAAUUCCCACCAUUCCUAACCUCAGGCCCAUUCCUUUCCCCCUCAGCCACUUAAAAGUGUUUUGGACUCCAAAUCCCACCAUUCCUACAGCCUCAAGCCCUUUCCUUUUCCCCCUCAGCCACCUAAACUUCAACUCCCACCAUUCCUAACAGCCUAAGGUCCUUUCUUUUCCCCUUCAGCCUUAUAAGGUGUUUUGGACUCCAACUCCCACCAUUCUUACAGCCUUGGGACCUUUCCUUUUCCCCCUCAGCCGCUUCAGGUGUUUGGACUCCAACACCCACCAUUCCUUACAGCCUCAGACCCUUUCCUUUUCCUCCUCAGCUGCUUCAGGUGUUUUGGACUCCAAUUCCCACCAUUUCUAAAAAAAAAAAAAAACCUCAGGCCCUUUCCUUUCCCCCUUCAGCAUCUUAAGGUGUUUUGAACUCAAACUCCCACCAUUCCUAGCAGCCCCAGACUAUUUCCUUUUCCCGCUUAAACAGCUGAGGAGGGAAAUGGGCUUGAGGCUGUUAGGAAUUGUGGGAGUUGGAGUCCUGAACACCUUAAAUGACUGAGUGGGAAAAGGAAAGGGCCUGAAGCUGUUAGGAAUUGUGGGACUUGAAGUCCUAAACACCUGGAGGACCAAAGUUUGCCCAUUCCUGGUGUAGACCCACUUACUAUGGGUCUACUAACCAUACAAUGCAGUUCAAACUGCAUUCUGUAGCCGAUAUUGACCCAUCCUGCUGCUGUCGAGAUUCCACAACAUUGGAGCUAUGGCUGUUCCAACUGAUGCCAAACUGCCUCCAUCCAAUAGUGAUGCACCUCUUGUCCCGCAGAGAAGAAUGUAACUUUGCAAGCUUGCAAGGGUUUGUGGGCGUGCUUGCACAUGGGUGGAUGGAGGUCGCCGAAUCCACCAUCUCCUCUUGAUUUCCUCUCGAACUGGUCAGUGUCGCAGCAUCCUCGGCUACUGUAUUUUGGACAAGAAUUCGCCUCGGACUGUCCCAUUCCCUUCCUCCCCUUUAAUUUAUAUUUCAGGACAGAAGAACUAUGGGGGAACAUUUCCAGUCCACCAGGACAAUAAACCCUUGGUUUGUGAAGGGUUGUUUUUUGUUUUCUUUUGUUUUUUUUAAAGAAGCGUGAACUUUUGGUAAGAAAAAGACCCCUUUUAUAUAUAUAAAGAGAUUAAGAUAUUUUCCAUUCUUCGGAAAAUGUGUGCUUGAGUCGCGUGUGGAAUUUUUUUAUGGACUUCCAAGAUAAUAUUAUUAUUGUUAUUAUUAUUGUUGUUAUUAUAAUAAAAAAGCUUAGGACACAAUGUUACUGUAUAUAGUGAACUUCUCUUUUUUCCCAUUUUUUGUUUUGUUUUGGAAUGUCUUUAAUUCUCUGUAAAUGGAAGAGAGUCUGCUAUUUAUUCUUUAUAUUCAUUCCCCUGUAGUCAAAAAGUUGAGUUCGGAAUUAAAAUCGACCACUAAACCAA